UCUUUAAACGUGAACAUAGGCAACAUGUAUCCGUGUUUUGUUGCUUCGUACAGUGUUUUCUGAGAAACAGACGCUGUUUUGUAUCUAGUAUUCCUGGAAGACAUAACGUUACUGUGAUAAACUCAGGACUCGGUGCUGCUCAGGCGCCGGUGGGUGGAGACUGUCACGGCUGCAGAGAUCAUGAUAUCUGCCGAUUCCAGAGAGAUGGAGUGUGUCUUGAUCUUUCCGAGUUAAUGGAUGAGUGUUUGAACGAUGUCCUCAUAGCGGGCCUAAUCACACCAAGGAUCAGAUGACGAUGAUCUCUCCCACUUUAGAUAUCUCUAGAUCUGAAGAGGGAGGCAAUGUGCACGUUUCGGAACGCCUGCUGUCCUGUAAUGAGGACAGAUAUCAGUCUGAACUGUCUCUUGAGUUGCAUUUGGAGGCUCUGAAGGCCAAACGCAAGCAGCAGCUGGAGAAAUUAGAGCUCCGGCACCAGAAUGGCCUGGAGAAGAGGCUCCUGCAGAACUCCCUGCUCACUUCGAGCACCGAAUGGAUACUUAAAUCCAAAAUACCCCAGCAGAGCAUCAGGCGAAACUCAGAGAACCACAAACACCACAGUUCAAAGGUGAUUCUGCAGAAUUUGAUCUCAAAUGGAGUCAAGGCACCAAGAACUACAGGAACUGACUCUUUGGGAACAGUGAUGGAGAGACAGAGGAAGCCUCUCCCUCAGGAUUCACAGAAAGCCAAAGAGGAGGCAGACCUGGCUGAGUGUCGGAAACAGUUUCGUGUCGCUCCCGUCCCUGAGCACGUCUCAAAGCCUCUUUAUGAUGACCUCAUCCAUGAACAAGAGCGCUUGAGGAAGGAAGGUCGUGAGCAGAGGAGAGAUUUCCUCUUGACCACGCAGAAGCCCUUCAGGCUCCACAAGAAGGAGGAGAAGAAGCGAGAGAGGCUGAAGGAGGACAUGUCCUCUGCCAAUAAAAGUGAAAAAACAGAACCAGUUUGUGUGAGAAAACCUAUACCGAAAGCGGUCUCAGACCACAGCUUCUCUGAACAAUUGAAAGAGCAGGAGCAGCAAAGGAAGAUUCGCAUUCAUCUGAGAGCUCAGGAGACUCUGAAAGCCUCCUCAGCACCCAUCCAAAGGCAGGAACCCAGUGCAGAUAGACAGACCCGCAGUGCUCAGAAGAGCAAAAGCAAGAUGCUGGGUUACUUGGACCAGAAGCUGUCCUUCAGACCUAAAACUAACACUGCCGUGCCUGACUUUGAUAAGCUUUUCCAGGCCUUUCAACAAAAGGCAAUGGAGGCUGCAGAGAAGAGAGAUGUCACUCACUGUAAACCUUUCCAGCUGCGCACAUCCACACUGCAGCCACGCCACAGGAGCCCAGAAAACCCACAGAAAUCUAGAGAUGAGACGAAUCUAAAGAGAAGCAGUUCAUUUGGUGGCCUGACAUCACUGUCUAUGGACACUCUUCCAACUUACAUAACAGAUGCUGCCAGGAAAAGAUCCAUGGCUGUAAGGAGAUCUCUGGAGCUGAAGGACCUUAAGGAGCAGGAGAAUGCAAAGUGGAUGAAGCAGCACAGAAUCAGGUCUCAAGCUAUGAGCAGGGCAGUAGCAAUGAGAGCCAAGGCAAUGGACCCUCAUAAAAGUCUUAAAGAGGUCUACCAGGAGAAACUCAAACAGAACCGGCAAGCUGAUCUGGAGAGGAUGAAAGAUUAUCAAAAAGAGCUGAAGGAAAUCAAAACCAGAGUAACGUCUCGCCCGUACCUAUUUGAGCAGGUGUCGCAGAAAAAUGCCAAGAAUAAUGCUGAACGCAGAUACAGGAAUACUUUGGAACAAGCAGGUCUGGAUGAAAAUUUUGUGAGAUCAAAGGGAGAAACAAAUAAGGCCAUCCAUGUGGAGAAUGAGUCUGCGGAUGAGGAUCAUGACAGCACUGAAAGCGAAACAAAAAUGCAGGAAGUGGGGAAGACAGUGUCACAAAUGAGGAGGAAAAAGAAGGGAAUGUGGAAACCAAAGAGGAAGAGUUGUGCUGACAGACGCGGUUGGUGGCCCAGUGUAUUUCAUCCAUAUUCCAUAUGUGCAGGGGAGACUGUGGUCAGGCAACAAAUUGCUGGCAGAUCAUUUCAGUUUUGUGCAUGAUUUACUUGAAUGCAGAUUUUAUUUUGUAUUACUGUAUAUUGUGCCAGUGAAUCAGUGUGGGUCUUUAUACAGCUGAGAAGGUUUUUCAAUAAUGAAAGGAUUCAAGAAAUUCCAUAUGUCAUUUUUAAUAAAACAGAAAAUCAAAGGAAGUUUAAUUUAAUGAUUCUAAGCAUGUUAUGGGGGCUACCGACCCAACAUAGAAAGAAAUAACCAAAAAACACUUGGCAACCAGAGAAGCUGCAUAUUAAAAGCAGUAUAUUUGUUUGAGUUCUACUUACUGCUCAUUAAAUCAUCUCGUAAACCACAGAAACAGCAGCAAAAACAGGUUUGGUGUUGGGCACCCUCAGGGCUUGCAAACAGUAAAUUGGGGAAGCCUUGUCUUGGCACGAACACAUCUUCCACCUGGAGUCUGUCAAAUGUGGCUUUGAACGUCUGCUAUAAUUAUGAACUAUAACUGUCACAGAGACUAGCUUUAUUCAUGAAACUCCAUUUGAAUAAGUACACAAAUAACAUUCUAAGACGACUCUUCUUUAGCCCAAGCCCAUCUGAAAUUCUCAUUCCUGAAGUCAGGCUAUUUUGAGAGUCAUAGCACUGGUUGAGUAAACAGCCCUGCACAUUUAUCCUCUAUUGGAAAAAGAGCUUCUGCUAGUGCAUUUGGCCACAUCAAGAGCUUUUUACUCCAACUGGCUUCUUCAGUCCUGGUUGGAUUUUCAGUGAUUUUAUAAGGAAUUAAAGGAAUUUGUGUUUCUGUGUACAGGGAUGGAAAGUUCUUAGUUAUUUUAAAGAUUUUGAGGCAUAAUUUUUGCUUUUGCUGUUAUAUGAUGAUCUCAAGAUGAAACAUAAUUACUUUAAACAAGCCGUGUAGCAUGCAGUGUAUCUUAAAGGUUAAAAUUGAACUUUUGGUGAAAAUAUGAUAGCCAGUCUUGUUCAUUUUGUUGUAUAGCUUGUAUAUUUAGUGGUUGAAGGAGUGAUGGCACUGAAAAAUUAAAUGAGUCAACUGCACAUUUGAAAAUGACUGCCCAGUUUCACCUCACGAUACCCAUUCAUUCUGUUUCGGAAAUUCUUUUUUUGUUUUGGCUAAAUGAGGUUUAAGUGGAGGUAGGACUUUUUUCCAAUUCUUAGACUGGUAUACACUGGAAUUAUGUCUUUUACUGGUAAUGGGAGAGUCAGGGGUCAAGAUUUGGUUGCAGUUUGGUGCAGCAUUUCAAAAGGAGUGUAUUUACAGGUUGUGUGUAUAUGAACAUCACCACAAAGUCCUACGAGUGGAAACUUUUGAUUUUCUUUGAGCUCAAGUUUCAGAUUUGGGAUGUGUCAGUGGAAAAAAACAAACAAACAAAAAAAAAAACAUGAAAGAUGGGAUGCUGCAGGGAUGCUGAAUUUUUUUAUGCCAAUCCAAGUUUGCAUUACACUGGUUUCUUCGACACAAAAAGCCAAUAGAAUUUUUUUCUAUUGUCUUUUGGAUUAUCACAGAAAUGUAGCCAUGUGAACAACAAAAGUUCAUAAAUUAUGAUAAUCUUCACAAAUGAACACAACUUUAUGUUGGCACUGAUAAUCUCGUGGACAGCGUGUUGACAUAUUGCACCAAGAGCGUCCCAAGUUCGAAUCCAGGGUCGAGGACCUUUCCCGAUCCCACCCCCCCCCUCUCUCUCCGACUUCACUUCCUAUAAAUUGUACACUGUUCUAUACUAAUAAAGUGAAAAAAAAAUGGCAAAAAAAUAAAUCAAAUAAACACUACUUUAAUUUUAGGCCUAAAUACUAUUGCUAAGUAAAAAAAAAAAAAAAGUUGCAUGACUUCAACAUCAUUACUAAUAAGCUUCCAACAAAUAUUUAUUUGCAGGAAUACAAUAAACACUACAAUUUUAUAAAGGUGGACUAGUGAGUAGAUGAGUUUACACAUUCAGCAUGAUGACGUUUAAUAUCCCAGACAACCUCUGUAGUCCCAUUUAACCACUUGUUAAGCCUAUUUCAAGACAUGUAAAUGCUUAAAAAAAUCACAGUAUGGUAUAACUGAUGUAUUUUAUGCCCUAAAAUAAAACAUAAAAAAUAUAUUGAGCUUGUGUUAACCAAAAAAACAAAAACAAACAAAAAAACAUUGAUUUCAGAACAAUGGAAUCGGAAGUGCAAAAAGUUGUAAAACUUUUCCCGCAGCACUCUAAGGAUUCAUUGUUUGUAGUUUACAGUAAAAUACUUGAAAUUAUUAUUCUUUUUCAUUUACAGUAAGCCUGGCUAUGUUGCAUGUACAAAAUUGGCUAUUGGACAUUUACAAUAGAGCAUGUAAUGAUUCAGAACAUAACACAGUGACAUAUAAUGUCGGUGCACUACGGGUGUCCCGAGUUCGAAUCUCGGUUCAAAGACCCUUCCCAAUCCUGCUCCCCCCUCUCUCUCCCACUUUGCUUGCUGUCAGCUCUACACCGUCCUAUCACAAUAAAAUGCAAAAAUGGUAAAAAUAAAUAAAUAAAUAAAUAAACACACACACUGAUGUGGAUUUUAUUUUUCAAACUUGCUGCAUUUUGUUGUAAUUAAUUAAACCAAUUGAUUAAUUUUUUUUGUAAUUUGCUUGGCCAGUGAUUUGAAUGACUUGAUGUCAUAAUUACGACUUCCAAAACAUUAAAUGCGAACUUGAAAGAUUAGCACCAUUAUUCUUACAAGGUUUAUCCUUCUCCAGUGAUGACUAUUCAAAAGUAGCUAUAUAUUCUGAUGAUUUUUAUUUAUUUAUUUAUUUUUGCAGAAAUGUUUUCCUAUCACGUCAUAAAGUAGUGGCUUGAUACAAAAGCCAUCCUGCUACAUAUUGUUUUAAUUUGGGUUAAGGCAUAAGCAUCUUGCUAAAAUCAGGACCACUUUUCUUUUGGGUUUAUAAUUUUUGACAAAAAACCCUGCUGUGGCACCUUUAGCUUCACAUUCUGAAAAUGUUGAGGUAAUGCUAUCAUUCUAAGAAAUUUCUUUUAUUUUGUAUCUGUUAAAUAUGUAGAUUCAAUAAAGUUGACUGACAAA